CCUCCCCGCCUCUUGGUCUCGGCGUCCUCCCCGACGAGGCCGCGCGCGCGUCCUCCCCCUCGCCGCCGGCGCCGGCCAUGGGCAACUGCUGCCCGGGCUCCUCCGCGGCGGAGCCCGAGCCGGCGGCGUACUCCGGCUCCUCCCGCCCCGCCGGCAGCGCCACCGUCCCGCCGCCGGCGACGCUGGCUCCCUCCGCCGCGCCGGCGCCGGCGAAGCCGCCCGCGCCCAUCGGCCCCGUCCUCGGCCGGCCCAUGGAGGACGUGAAGAGCAUCUACACCGUGGGGAAGGAGCUCGGCCGGGGCCAGUUCGGCGUCACGUCGCUGUGCACCCACAAGGCGACGGGGCAGCGGUUCGCGUGCAAGACGAUCAGCAAGCGGAAGCUGUCGACCAAGGAGGACGUGGAGGACGUCCGGCGGGAGGUGCAGAUCAUGUACCACCUCGCCGGGCAGCCCGGGGUGGUGGAGCUCAAGGGCGCCUACGAGGACAAGCACGCCGUCCACCUCGUCAUGGAGCUCUGCGCCGGCGGCGAGCUCUUCGACCGGAUCAUCGCCAAGGGCCACUACACCGAGCGCGCCGCCGCGUCGCUCCUCCGCACCAUCGUCGAGAUCAUCCACACCUGCCACUCCAUGGGCGUCAUCCACCGCGACCUCAAGCCGGAGAACUUCCUCCUCCUCAGCAAGGACGAGCACGCCCCUCUCAAGGCCACCGACUUUGGCCUCUCCGUCUUCUUCAAAGAAGGGGAGGUGUUCAGGGACAUCGUCGGAAGCGCGUACUACAUCGCGCCGGAGGUGUUGAAGAGGAGCUACGGCCCGGAGGCGGACAUCUGGAGCGUCGGCGUGAUGCUCUACAUCCUGCUCUGUGGAGUCCCUCCCUUCUGGGCAGAGUCGGAGCACGGCAUCUUCAACUCCAUCCUGCGAGGGCAGGUCGACUUCACCAGCGACCCGUGGCCGCGCAUCUCCCAUGGCGCCAAAGACCUUGUCAGGAGGAUGCUCCAUUCUGACCCCAGGCAGAGGAUUUCUCCGUAUGACGUGCUCAAUCAUCCAUGGAUCAAGGAAGAUGGCGAGGCGCCCGACACGCCUCUCGACAACGCUGUUCUUGGCAGGCUCAAGCAGUUCAGAGCCAUGAACCAGUUCAAGAAGGCUGCUCUAAGGGUUAUCGCCGGAUGCUUGUCGGAGGAGGAGAUCAGAGGUCUGAAGGAGAUGUUCAAGAGCAUGGACUCCGACAACAGCGGCACGAUCACCGUCGACGAGCUGAGGAAAGGGCUGGCCAAGAAGGGAACCAAGCUCAGCGAAGCUGAAGUCCAGCAGCUCAUGGAAGCUGCCGAUGCAGACGGUAACGGGACGAUCGAUUACGAGGAGUUCAUCACCGCGACAAUGCACAUGAACAGGAUGGACAGGGAGGAGCACCUCUACACCGCGUUCCAGUACUUCGACAAGGACAACAGCGGGUACAUCACGAUCGAGGAGCUUGAGCAAGCGCUGCGAGAGAAAGGGUUGCUGGACGGCAGGGACAUCAAGGACAUCAUAUCCGAAGUCGACGCCGACAACGACGGAAGGAUCAACUACACCGAGUUCGUGGCCAUGAUGAGGAAAGGGGACCCGGAGGCGAACCCCAAGAAGCGGCGGGACGUCGUGCUGUAGGCAGCUAGAGGCGAGUCCGAUCGAGCUCGAGCAGCGGCCAUGGCUGGCAGGGAUUCGGAUUCGGGUGGACGGAGAAUGCAUGCACGCACGGCGGUUCAGAGGCAUGGAUUUCUUGAAAGGUGGCCGGCGAUCGAGAAGACGGCAGGCGCACGAGACAAGCGUUUCGCAUCAUAUCGCAUGGGCGAUCCUGUACAUCAACGAUGUGAAUCGGGUGCUGCGUGCUCUUGUGUCAGCUCAGCUGUAUAAUAGAAACUGUUCAUACCCUUUUACUGAAGAUGCGUUGUAAACUCUGGUUUGUCUAAUUGGGCUACAAGACACAGGUUAAAGGAUUUUGAGAUUGAUGUACAUAUUUUCGACCAUGGUGUGAAUUAAGGAGCAGAUUUCGAAGGCA